AUGUCCUCGCCUUCCAAAAUCACGGACAACCCAAAAAGCCCAACGACUGGUGCUGAAUCGCCUACGACCGUUCGACCUUUAGAGAUGGAUGACGACGAUGUGCAAGAAUCCGGCAUUCUCUUCAAUGAUAACCCGCCCACGGCCAAAGUAGGAAAGCCAGCAACUGUCGAAGAUGCCGAGGCCCCUCCUGCGAAACCUCCACGUCCACUGAGUCCUCAACAGCAGGCUGAAAACACCUUGAAAGAAGCGUUUCCCAGUAUUGAUGCUGCUGUUGUGAAAGCCGUCCUUAGAGCUAGUGGUGGGCGCGUUGAGCCUGCGUUCAAUGCUCUGCUAGAAAUGACUGAUCCUGAUGCUGUCGUCCAGGAAGAAGUUGCCCCACCCCAACCACCUCGACCAUCGAACCGCGCCCAGACGCAGAUGGAUGCCGAUGAACAAUACGCGCGCCAACUAGCAGAACACUAUGGGGGUUCGGGUUCAUAUGCUCCACGGGUGAGCAGCAGAGGAAACCCUCGUGGGAACUAUAUGAACGAUACCAAGCCAGCUCAAACGCGAGAAGAGGAACACAGCUUCCUAGACGAUGAUUUGCCAAUUAUCAAGGAGAACCUCAAAAAAGGAUUUCUUGAGACACAAAAUACUGUUAAUGGAUGGCUCACGAACUUGAAGAAGAAAAUAGAUGGUGUGGAGGAUGAUGACGAGGGGUCUUCGUCCAGUCAGCCGAGAUAUGGUGCUGGGAAUGCAGGUUAUCGAACUCGUAGGAGUGGAGAUGGUCGACAAAGUGGUGAUUACAACCGCUACGAUGCCGACCCUCACGUACUUGGGGAUGAUUUCGGCGGUAUCCAACUGAAUGAUGAUGGCAGUGCUGCUCGACGAUCCACACGUCCUUUGGCAAAUCCAGAUCUCUUCAAACCAACACCAGCUCCACCGAAACCCGCCGGUGGCCGUAACGUAUCCUUUAACAGUCGGCCCAUAGAAGACAUGGAUAUAUACAGGACAUCGCCAAAACUGGGACCUGCCAAAGAGACAUUUAUGCCAGCCAAUGCCGGGAAACAAAGUAAAUGGCAGCCACUGUCUGCGGUGGAGCCUAGCCCCAUGGGUGAGGCGGACAACGACCCAUUCAGUCUCGGUGAUAGUGAAGACGAGAAAGAGAGUAAGGAUCGGGUUGGGGGCAAGGAGAUCAAGAUGGACGAUGCAGAAAGGUUGAAGAAGGCUGCUGCCGAAGCUAUGCAGGAUAACAUUGGGGAGCCUGAGCGCAAGCCAGAACCCGCUCAGACGGUGGGGACGAAAGACAAGAUUGCAGAGGAGAAGUUGACUGGAAAGAAGUUUGGCAAGCAGAUUCAAAAGAGGCAACUUGAAGUCCCCGAAUAUGCGGCGAGUUUUGUCAACUACAAGGCAUUGAAGAAGGUCCGUCUAACCGAUUCUCGGGUUGCACGAAAAAGCAAUACCUCCAAGGGCAUGCUCAUAAAGAAGCUCUCGGCAACACCCACACUGCACGCACUGAACGAUCUUCACCGAACCGCAGGAGUGGUAGAUUCCCAGGCAGCUCUACAAGCUAACAAAGCUACAUUUUUCUUUCAACUGGAGCGCGAACUCGAGAAAGUAAAUGCGUUUUAUUUGCAGAAAGAGGCAGAGCUCAAAAUACGCCUGAAAACACUGCUAGACAAAAAGAAGGUCUUGCAGUCUCGCAGUAGUAAAACUUCUCAGCGGUCCGCCAAGUUCACAACACUAGAAGAGGGGUUCCAACAAUUUGGGAAUGAUCUCAACAAGCUACAGCAGUUCGUCGAAAUAAAUGGCACAGCCUUUUCGAAAAUCCUGAAGAAGUGGGAUAAGACCUCCAAGUCCAAAACCAAAGAACUCUAUCUGUCUCGAGCUGUUGAGGUACAGCCUUUCUUCAAUGCGACUGUCAUCAGCGAAUUAUCAGAUCAGGCAACGACUAGUCUUCAAGAGCUUGGAGCAUGGGCCGAGGGCGACCAUAUUAGUUUCGAUAGAAGCCCAGACCAUAUUGUCAGUAGUCAGCACCUGCUAGGUACCGAUGAAGGCGAUGCGGAUACUCUACUUUUGGAAACCGUCAUCUCCGGAAAUUUGGAAGCUUUGAAAGACCUACUUUUGCGAUUGAAAAGCGCGGCGGACCCUAACGGCCCCCGAGAUGUUGCACUACUCGAGCGAGUAACGAGAACUUUCCUCGCUGCGAUUAACGAAGCACCCGAGCCAUCCUUACAACUGCUUUUGGAUACUAAUCUUGUGGAUGUACAGUCUGAGGAUGACAUUAAUGAACGCAAUUGUCUUCAUCAAUCGACUAUUUAUGGCAGCUCUUUCGUCCUCGGGGUCGGACUCUCACGAGGCGUAGCCGUGAGUAGAACAGACGUGUAUGGCCGAGUGCCUCUGCAUUACGCGUGUAUGCAUGGUCGUAUUGAUAUGAUGGAAGCUCUUCUGAAUGGUAAGCUACUUCCACCCUCUUUCAUUUCCUCGACUAAGCGAGGCCCAGCCGACCCUGCUACUAUUGAUCUAAUCGACCACGACAACUUCACCCCCCUAAUACACGCGAUCAUACAUGGACACCUUGAAUGUGCUGGAAGGCUGUUACAGCGAUCUGCUCGUCUGGACCCCAUCUCUGAAACUGAUCAUGUCCCUUUGAAUUUGGCAUGCGAACACGGAUCUGUGGCCAUAGUCGAUCUGCUUCUCCAACAUGGCGCGGCCAUACUGCCGGACGCGGAAGGUUUAUAUCCACAACAUCUGGUUGCCCGCUCUGGCCAGACGCCUCAACUGCUCCUCUUACUCAAAAGUUAUGGCGCAGAUCUGGAUCAGAUUGAUAAACUCUACUCAUGGACACCACUUUUCCAUGCCGCAAGCGAAGGAAACGUCCCAUGCAUGAAGACUCUUCUCGAAGUCGGUGCUAAAACGAAUAUCCAAGACGAGAAAGAUCUAUCGGCAAUGUAUUACGCUGCUUGGGAAGGACAUUUAGAAUGUAUGAGACUGCUAUCCUCAAUCAUUACUGAGACUCGAAACGCGCGAGGCUCCAUGCAACCUCCUCAGCUUGGUUCCUCUAUGGGAAGCAGUGCGCCAGUUCCGAUGAGCAUUGAUGCAGAUGGCAUACCUGAACUCGAACUUCCACCUCCUAUAAUACCAUUACGCCGAUAUGGCCACAAUUUCCUCGACACGAAAACAUUUAUACAAAUCAGCUUCGAAGAAAAUGGCGAGCAGCCAUUAAUCUUUUUCCACGACAGCAAGUAUCCUGCUGCUCGUCUUACGAUUUCUUCAAAAUUGUCUGAUUUAAUACCCAAGAAUAUUUUGCUCCCAUUUCAGGAAGAUACCCGGCUUGUUUCCUUUCAGAUUGAUAAUCUAGAUUCCUUUGCCAUCGAUUUCGAUGUCUUUCCUACAUAUGGUGCAAAAGUCAUUGCGAAAACGGUCGCAUUGCCAAGCACUUUCCGCGCGUUAUUGAGCAGUUCAGGGCGCUGUUGUUUACCUCUUUUCGACCCACGCUUACGAGCCAUCGGGCAAAUAAAUUUCAAUUUCCAUGUUAUCAAGCCUUUCCAAGGCAAGGCUCUCGAGAUUACCGAUUUUGAGACCUACUGGAAGGCUACAAGCCAGUUCGACCAUCGCCCCAGUGCAUUUAUCACCGGGUCGAGCUUGUCUGGCUAUUAUGUACAACUGUUCGUUCAACAUACCUGCGACGGUGUUCCUGUUCUAUGGCCAAGAUGGACAAUCGAUUAUAUGGAUAUUGACUUUCCAGUAAGUCGUCUGACAUAUGAUCAAUUUGUAAGUGCUGGCUCGCGUCGAGCAAGAAAGACGGAAGAGCUAUCAGCACUUCCAAAUCUAGCAGUCGAUAGCAUUGAGGAGGUUCACCAGAUCUUGUCCGGCUCAGCCGUUUCACUCAGAGAUGCUCUGAAUUUACUGCCCAAAGGAAUGCAUGUCAACCUCCAGGUUUUGUAUCCCUCUGUGGAAGAGGAGAAGAGCUUACGUCUCGGACCAACUGUCAAUAUCAAUACGUUCGGAGAUGUAAUACUCAACGUUGUCUUUGAUCAUGCGCGAACACUUAGAGAAAGAGAUCCGGAGACCAUGAGGUCGAUUGUUUUCAGUUCAUAUAAUCCGACAGUCUGCACCGCGCUUAAUUGGAAGCAACCCAAUUACCCCGUCUUCUUGUGCAACGAUCUAGGAAGACAAGGCGAGAUCCUAGAAACGUCGGCGGCCAUAUUGAGUAGCGGGAGAAGAACAACAUCUAUCAAAGAAGCAGUCCGGAUUGCUCAGGAUAAUAACUUCAUGGGCUUGAUAUGUGUUUCGAGACUCUUGACUAUGGUGCCGGCAUUGAUCGAGGCAAUCAAAGCACAAGGUCUGGUACUUGUGGCAGAUAAAACGGCAGAGGCGCCGGACCGGAGUAACAUUCACGACCCCUUCCCCAAACUACCUGAAGGCAUAGAUGGGGUCUUGAAAGCAAAUGGUGUUCUACGCUUCAAUGAGAGUAUUGACAUGUAA